AUGGCAUCUUCCACUGGCUACCGCUACUCCCAAAACUCCAAAAACAUCGGCGAAGCCAAAAACUUCUCGUGGGAAUAUCCCGUUCCCGCCAACGACUUCUGGAACCCCCUAGACUUCGUCGUUGGCCGGAACUUUCUGCAGUGCUUCUCGGCAGACGAGAUCGCACGACUGCCUCUCGACAGUACCCUCAGUAAAGACGGCAAGUUAGAAUUACUCCUCCAACUCCUCCAAGAGAAGCUCUUUUCUCGAGAUGCCGCAGCCGCGCCACAGACGCUCUACGACGUCGACUACGCGGCCUGGGAUAAGUUGCUGUUAGGUAUGUGCACGAUGCAAGGGCAGUUAGGGCAAUCCGCCGAGGCAGAGAAAACGAUCCGCUCGUUGGUGGAUCGGAGGAAAGACAGGACGAAUCUCUCGCAUUUGCAUAGUUUAUCUGGUCUACUUGCAGAGCAGGGUAAACACGCCGAAGCAGAGGAGACGGAAAUGCCCGUGAAGCUUUGGCUGGAUGAACGGCUGGGCAAGGACUCCCCCCAAGCGUUGGGAUCGCGGAGGAUCAUUGCGAAGGCUAUGUGGAAACAGGGGCCCUCAAGACAGGGAGAGGCGAGGGAGUUGUUGGCCGAGGUGAUGGAGUUGAUUGGUGGGAUGAGUGGAGGACAGUUCGCUGUGUACCAGGCUGAACAGAGAGAGACCACGGAGAAGAUGAUAGCGGACCUUGAGAGAGGACGCACCUGA